AUGCUCGCAACAACCCUCACUUCGUUCAAAGUUGUGGAAAAAAUAGACGAUCUACUCACUGACAUUCUUAUAGAUCAACUAUUCUUAUGGUUUAACACAUUUAAACUGAAUCCUAAUUAUGAAAUGGUCGACGUUUCAUCUGAGGUCAUUCUUGGCAUCAUCAGAAAAAAUGUACUUGAAAAGGUCAAAUUAGACCAGGCGUGCGAAGAAUUAUUAAGCCACGCAAAAAGAUAUUUACAAAUGUAUCAGGCAAAUGCUGGAUAUGAAAUCACUGAAACAAAAAGGUAUCUUGGAUCUUCUAAAAGGGAAGCGUGCAUAGUUGCAACAAAAGAUUUCAAUGAAGGGGAUGAGCUUCGCUUGUGUAUCGGUGCAUUAGUUCCUCUCACAUCACAUGAAGAAAAUAAAUUAGAAGGCGGAAGGGAUUUUAGUAUAAUGUGGUCCCAGAGAAAAGAUGUAAUGUGCUUGUUAUUAGGUCCAGCACGAUUCAUGAAUCACGAUUGUAAGCCAAACACUACAUUUAUUGCAGCUGGACAAAAUGUGAUCUCAUUUAAAUUCACCAGAAGUGUUAAAAUUGGCGAAGAAUUGACUUCAUACUAUGGUGAUGACUAUUUUGGUGAAGGAAAUUGUGAAUGUCUUUGUGCUACAUGCGAACGUCUUAAAAAAGGUGGAUAUAAACCAGAAUCUGCGAUUCCUGAUGAAGAAAAUAUUGGCUCUAUCAACAGAGUUGUAUAUAAUGAUGGAAUAGGUAAAGUAGUACGUCGCAGUGCACGGAACCAUACCAAUAAUAAUCAUAGUGAAACACCUUUAAUUCAAAGUCAAAUAGUCACUCCAAGGCCUAUAAUUGACAGUGUUGCUGAUAAUCACCAAGACGAAGCGAAUCUUAUUGACGUGGAUAUGGACAUCGAUCAUGACUCUCCAAGAACAGAAAUCGAAGAAAUUGACCAUAACUACUCUCCAACGAUGUUGUCAGAUAAAUCAACCGAUAAUGUUGCUACAGCCCUCACUUCUGCCCAAAGCUUUAAUUACAACAGCACAAUCCACCGAAUUCCAAACAAUGUUACUGGUUCGCAUUCAUCUAUCCUUUUGAGUCACAUGGGUUUGAUGAGCCUAAAACAAGUCAACGAAGAUCUGAAAUGUUCUAGCGCCAAAAACGUUCACCGUCGUGUUCCUGAUACAAAUCAAAGGGGUCUGGAUCCUAUAGUUUCACAUGGUACCAUUUCUGAGAGUGCGUGCAAUAUAAUUAGUAAUGCAGGAUAUCAUGGUUGGUCUGGUAGUCGAAUCCCAUUUCGACCAUUGAUAAGAAUUCUUAAUGGAGUUCAAAUAAUGGUAAAAAAAACUCAUGCUAGCGAUAAAUCUAACUCUUCUAAAAAUGUUAUGUCAAGUACUGGUGCUGUUACUAGUGAUGUCACCGCUGCUGCCGCCGAUGUCAAUGAUCAAGAAACCAAAUUGACAAGAAAAUGGUGUAGGAUAUGUGAUGACAUGUUCGAAUCAAGUAAAAAUACAAUGAGAUGUUUAAGAUGUACUCGACAUUUAAAAUUAUUCACACUUGAUUGGCCAUGUCGUAGAUUGAAAAGAACAAGAAAGGAUGACAAUCAAAAAACAACAACCAAAGCUGACAGUUCGGAAGGUUCGGCAUCACGUCCUGUCAAAAGAUUUAAAGCUGAUAUAACAAUGGAUCAUCAACAAAUAUCGGGCACAGAUAGAACUGACUGGUCACCAUACCCGAUAGAAAAUAUCGAUGUUAAAAUUAUCAAGUACAAACGUGCAAAUGGUCAAGUCAGUCAUGCUUAUGAGUAUUGCUACAAUGAAAAUUUUGUAAGAUGGGAUAAGGACAGUGGUUUUGUCCAUCUUAACCCUUUGAAAAGAUCCUUUAAAAAUUCAUUGAGAAAUUUGGAAAAGUUGAAGUGUUGGGAUCAAACAUGGAAUUCAAGAAGACACAUAAUCAUUGGUGGAAAUAUCAAAUAUCAAGGUACCUGGUUACCUUAUGACCUUACAAAAAAGUUGUCAAUUGAAAUGAUUGGCGAAAACGAAGCCUUUUUAAUACCGUUAUUUGGACCCAACUAUGGACAAGAAAAUUAA